ACGAGUACGUUCACCAACACCCGUGAAAACAGAGUAACCGCCAUGAGCUUUCGCGAUAUUGUUAAUCAAUUCCUGAAUGAACACGGUCUUGCCCACACCAGCACCGCCGAAGAGACCAAUUUUACCACCACGAGCGUACGGUGCCAAUAAGUCCACAACCUUGAUACCGGUUUCAAGAAUCUCCGGAGAAGUUGAUUGUUCCUCAAAAGACGGAGCUUCAGCGUGGAUUGGGGAAUACUUUGCAGCCUUAAUUGGACCCCGUUCAUCGAUAGGCUCACCAAUAACAUUCAUAAUACGGCCUAACGUGCCUGGACCGACCGGCACGGCAAUAGGUGCACCCGUAUCGAUAACUUUAGAGCCACGGACAAGACCCUCUGUACCAUCCAUAGCAAUAGUACGUACAGUAUUUUCACCCAUAUGUUGAGCAACCUCAAGCACUAAACGUCUUCCAUCAGGAAGUUUAGUCUCUAAUGCGUUCAAAAUUGUGGGUAACGCCUGAGCAUCAUCAAACUGACAAUCAACAACAGCACCAAUGACUUGUUUAAUUGUACCUGCUUUUUUUAAAGACUCGGUCGAAGCAAACCGGGCCAACUGCGGGACCACUGAACGCAGACCGACACGUUUUACUGAAUGGAGUACGCCAUUCAAGCCUGUAAGCUGUCGAAAACUGCUCAACACAUGCCUUCGAAACAUGGUACCGGAACAGGCGAAUUAACGUGGACGAAAAACGAACGACGUAAACGUAUACGCGUGAUCAACAGUACACUAAUGAUUCCGGCUAUAUAAAUAUAACUUCGUUCAGAAAUGUUAUGUGGAGAUGGUAGGUUGCUCGUCAAUUCACUUCAAGCUUACAGUUCGACGACGUCAGAGAAAACAGAACAAAAAUACCAAAUUAUACACUGAAACGACUAUUACAAUACUAUUUUAUUAAUUUAUGUAUUUAUUAUAGAUUUAUGCGCUAGGAAUUCUUCAUUCUUCCCCAACUCUUUGACCUUGUCCGAGAUUCGCAGUCACAUUUCAAGUUGACCUUGUCGACACAACGCAUCCACUUUUGACCAGGGUCGAAAUGGGAAUUGACAUUAAGAGACAUCACGUUAAGAAGUCUCAGCGCACCAAGCCUGCGUCUGAGAACGUGUACUUGAAGCUUCUCGUGAAGUUGUAUCGCUUCUUGGCUCGUCGUACCGACUCUCGCUUCAACAAGGCUGUUUUGAAGCGUCUUUUCCAAUCUAAGACGAACCGUCCUCCCAUCUCCGUGUCUAAAAUUGCUGCCAACGUUAACCGUGCCAGCUCUAAGCACCAAGGCAAGACUGUUGUCGUUGUCGGUACCAUCACUGAUGAUGAGCGUCUCUUGAGCCUUCCUAAGCUUUCUAUUGCCGCUCUUCGCUUCUCCAAGUCUGCUCGUGCUCGCAUCUUGAAGGCUGGCGGUGAGUGCUUGACUUUGGACCAAUUGGCCCUUCGCUCUCCCACUGGUGCCAACACUCUCCUUCUCCGCGGUAAGAAGCACGCUCGUGAGGCUUACCGUCACUUCGGUUUCGGUCCCCACAAGCACAUGGCUCCUUUCGUCCGCUCCAAGGGACGUAAGUUCGAGAGAGCUCGUGGUCGCAGAAAGUCCCGUGCUUUCAAGGUAUAAAAACGAUAGCGAAUACACGUCUGACAAGUCUCUUAAUGACAGAGCGUUAUAUAGCGGUUUUCAUCGUGUGGUGUGGGUGGAAAAUAUGGUUGGUAGUUGU